UCACCACCUCUCCUUCCCCCCCGCUUCCUUCCUUUCCAUUCCAGCUCCUUCAGUAUCCGUCUCUCUGGCUUUCUGGCUUGCUUGCUCUCAGCUUCGAAUCCCUCUUAGCGCGGAAUUCGCCCCUCCUCCCUCCACCCUCCAUCUACAGUACCCCAUUCUCUCUCAGGUACCUUGAUUGAAGCUCUCCUCGCUGCGUUCUGUAUCCCUCUCUCCUCUGCAUCUCCUUGCCACCUGGCGUCGAUAGAGACUCCACGUUGCUACACACACAAUGGCUCCUCACGUCCUCAGCUCCGACCCUGCCGGAGCCGCCCCCGAGCUAGAGAGGGCGAAGCCGAACCUUGGAGGUGCCACACCUCAGGACCUCCGGAUACCGAUCAAGAGCAGCGAGAGCAGCGAUGACCUUGCCGGCUUGUCGAAGCGUGACAUUAUCAUCUUCUCCGAUUUCGAUGGCACAAUCUUCAUGCAGGACACCGGACACAUUCUCUUCGACGCUCACGGAUGCGGAGCCGAUCGUCGAGAAGAGCUGGACGAGCAGAUCCGCAUGGGCGUGAGGUCGUUCCGUGACGUCUCGGAGGAGAUGUGGGGUAGUCUCAACGUUCCGUUCGAGAACGGCUUCGAGGUGAUGAAGGAAGCUCUCAAGAUUGACCCGCACUUCCUCGAGUUCCACGACUUCUGCAUCAAGAAUAACAUCCCCUUCAACGUUAUCUCGGCCGGACUUAAGCCCAUCUUGAGACGUGUGCUGGACGAGUUCCUGGGAAAGAAGCAGUCUAAACAUAUCGAUAUCAUUGCCAACGACGCAAUCAUCCCCGAGGACGGUAAAUCGUGGAAGCCCAUCUGGCGCCACGAGACGCCACUCGGUCACGACAAGGCCGCUUCGAUUCAGGAGUACCGCACCAUCGCCUCGUCCGAGAGCGAAGACGGCUCCGUGCCCCUCGUUGUAUUUGUCGGAGACGGUGUUUCGGAUCUUGCCGCCGCACGUGAGGCCGAUGUCCUGUUUGCUAGGAGAGGUCUCAGGCUCGAAGAGUACUGCAGGACUUGCAAGAUCCCGCACAUCUCUUUCGACACGUUCAGGGACAUUCAGACGGAGAUCAUCAGGAUCAUGAAGGAGGACACAAAGAAGACUGCCGGUGCCGGAAAACCCACGCACUACAAUCCUCGGGCAAACUUCUGGAGGAAGGCCGUCAAGAAGAAGAACAUUCCCCGUUUCGUCAAGAACUCUACACAACAGGACAAGAUGCACCUCUGGCCCGAGACAUUUACGGUCACGGCCGAGCAGCAGCAGCAGCAGGGCGAAAGCUCGGGUUUUGCAGACCAACAGUCGUAACCGGUAGUGUUCGAAUUGUGCAGCAGGGAAGGAGGAAGAUAGAUGGAGUUGGAGCUUGCCGCUUUGAUAGAGUAGAAGGGGUGUUGUUUCUUUUUUUCCUUUUGCUCUUCCCACUUCCCAACACUA